UUCCGGCUACUCCGGAAGUGGUCUCUUAAGCUCCUCCGCCGGCAGAAGGCCAGGGUGAAGGGAUGGCCGGACAGACGGCGCGCUUGGUGCUACUAGCCGGGGCAGCCGCGCUAGCAAGCUGCUCUCAGGGGGACCGCGAACCCAUAUACCGCGACUGCGUGCUCCGGUGCGAGGAGCGGAACUGCUCGGGGGGUGCUCUGAAGCACUUCCGCUCCCGCCAGCCAAUCUACAUGAGUCUAGCAGGCUGGACCUGUCAGGACGACUGUAAGUAUGAGUGUAUGUGGGUCACUGUUGGCCUCUACCUCCAGGAAGGUCACAGAGUGCCUCAGUUCCAUGGCAAGUGGCCCUUCUCCAGGUUCCUGUUCUUCCAAGAGCCAGCUUCUGCCAUGGCCUCUUUCUUCAAUGGCUUGGCCAGCCUGGUGAUGCUCUGCCGCUACCACACCUCCGUGCCAGCCUCCUCCCCUAUGUACCCCACCUGCGUGGCCUUUGCCUGGGUCUCCCUCAAUGCCUGGUUCUGGUCCACAGUCUUCCACACCAAGGACACUGACCUCACAGAGAAAAUGGACUACUUCUGCGCCUCCACCGUCAUCCUGCACUCGGUCUAUCUGUGCUGUGUCAGGACUGUGGGGCUGCAGCGCCCCGUGGUGGUCUCUGCAUUCCGGGCCCUCCUGCUGCUGAUGCUGAUCACUCAUGUCUCCUACCUGAGCCUUGUCCACUUCGACUACGGCUACAACCUGGCGGUCAAUGUGGCUAUCGGCCUGGUGAACGUGCUGUGGUGGCUUGCCUGGUGCCUGUGGAACCGGCGGCGACUGCCGCAUGUGCGCAAGUGCAUGUUGGCAGUCCUGCUGCUGCAAGGUCUAUCCCUGCUCGAGCUGCUUGACUUCCCACCUCUCUUCUGGGUCCUGGACGCCCAUGCCAUCUGGCAUAUCAGCACCAUCCCUGUUCACGUCCUCUUCUUCAGCUUUCUGGAAGAUGACAGCCUGUACCUGCUGAAGGAAUCAGAGGCCAAGUUCAAGCUGGACUGAAGGCCCUGGCAGCAGGUGCCCUGUUGGGGAUCCUGCCCCCUCCCUGCUGGCUCCCUUUUCUCCUCCAAGCCUUGAGAUGAUUUCUUUUUUCCUUUUGCAUCUUGAACUUGGACAAGAGGGUGUGGGCCCAGAAUCACGUUCCCUACCCACCCCCUUGCUUGCCCCCACGGGGUCCUCAAGGUCUUGAUAUCUAUUCAGCCUUGGCCUCUCAGUAUCCGGGGCCAGAGAAUGGGCAGGGCCUCUGGUUCCUGGAGUGGAACUCUUAGCUCCACACAGAAGAGAACUGUCUUUGCCUCCCUGUCAGCCUCCCUACAUCCCCUCACUGCCUCUGUGUUUCCCAGAGCCCUCUGUCUAGCUGGGACACAAGGUACCUUUGGCCUUUGGAGAUGCAAUAGUGUCCCCCUGUUGCCCCAUGCCCUUCUCCAGGGCACCACUAGGUGGCAGUAGACUCUUGCUCUUUGGCUGUCCAAGUUUCAAAGCAGGCCUCUUUCUCCCCAUGGGAUCUGAAGGACCAAGCUGCGGGACCCGGGAGCAUUCUCACUCUGUUGCCCCAGCCAGACCCCCAGGAGGCCCCACCACACUCCUGCUUUGGAGCCAGGACCCCAGAGCACCCGGCUUCCAUGCUGCUGUUCUAGUUGAGAGCCUGCACACUAGUAUGUAAGGGAGUGUGAACCAGACCAAGCGCAUGGGCGAUGGCCCCGUAGGCACAGGCCUGGGGUGUGUGGGAUGCUGAGUGGGACAGUGUGUGAGAGCACCAGUCUGGUGUAAUGUGGAGAGUAUGGGGAGGGUGUGAGUGGUUGUAAAGUGUGUUUGGGGGGAUGAGCAGGUUAGUGUGGGUUAGGCAUGGACUGGGUGUGAGAUGAGUGUGAGUGUAGGUGAGUAGGCCAGAUAGUGGGGGGAUGUUGGAGUAGGAUGGGGGGAAUCAAGUCACCAAUGGAACACCAACUUUGACCAGGGGCCCAGGCCAGAGAGAGAGUCAGGAUAUCCCCAAGAUCUGGCUGGUGGUGCAGGUAUCCAGGCUGCCUGUGAGUGUCUGUGUUCCUGUCCAUUGCUCCCUUUACAGUCCCCUUCUAAACCUCUUAGAGCCUGCACACAAAUCAAGAUCACCCUCCAGAACCAGCUCCCCAGGAAACAGAGGCAGGAAGGGAAAUCGGGAUCCUCUGGGCCUCUCCAGCCUUCCUGUCUCCUUGCUUAGGCAUGGUUGGCCUCCCCCCCUCCGCCAGUGCCCUGCCUGCUAACCCUUUUGCCACGGUCUGAACCUUGGAGAGAGGGAAGGGCAAUCUGAGGGAGGAGGGGAGAAGGCUUGUGGCUGGUCUGGUUUCUGGCCUUUGCAGAGGCAGGCAGGGGCCGUGCUGUGCCUGCCCUGUGUUAAAGGUGACCCCUGCCAGUUGCCAGCAGCCCCAGUACAUUCUUCUCCAUAAGGAUAGAAUGUGGAGCUCCAGGAACUUUCCAUCCCAAAGCAGUCUCUCUGAUUGGAGCAGGGGUGUCUGGAGUCUUGUUCCUUCCUGGGAGUAGGGGCGCUGCACUAGGACUCCAACCUCAGGGACUUGGGUGACCUGUGUUAGAUUCUUUUGAUACUGAAAGCUAUUUUAAGGUAAGAGGAUAGCAAGGGACAUUGCUAAUAAACCAAUUCUCA